AACGGAGGGAAUACCAGAUAAUGUAAAAUUAGCUAAAGCAGUGGCACGCUCGUGAAAAAGACAAAAAACAAGGGGAAUUAUAGUGGGUAAUUUUGCAAAUAAAAACAAUUCGGGGGCCAAUUCUGAAAUACUAUAAAAUUACUCCAUUUAAUACCGUAAUGAUCCCUUUUUACCCCACACAUUUGUUCUUCUUAAAAAUCGCUUAUCCAUUUUCAGGUUUAAAAACUUUCAGAAUGGCGCAGGAGGCACAUGCAAUUUCCGGAGCUGAGAACGGGUCUUCUCCGGCGGUGUUCACGGCGGUGAAAUCGUGGCUGGUGGUGGAGGCUCCGAAGGCGAACGAAGCCGUGCAGUUCUACAAGGCGGCGUUUGGAGCUGAGGAGGUGAGCCGAGUGAAUGAUCCGAAGAGGAAGGCGGAGCAGGAGCUGCCUCUCAUUCGCUCUGCUGAGCUGAAGAUUGGAUCCUCCAUUUUCGUUGUUUCUGGCCUCUCCGACGACUCUCCCGUGAAAUCUGCUGUGAGCGGCGUUUUCUGCCUGGAGACCGAAGCAGUGGAAGCAGCCAUCGCGAAGGCGGUGGUCGCCGGCGCUGUUUCCGACGAAGAAGUGGCGGAAGGUGAAGGCGCGGGCAAGGUGAAGGAUCCAUACGGCAACGUUUGGCUAAUCUGCUCUCCUGCUAAGAAGUGCGGCGGCGUGGCUGCUUAGGUGCCGUCCACGCGUUCUGAUCUGAGCCGUCCCUUCCAUCUAAGCCCGUUGGACCGCUCUCUAAGAGCAUCCGCGCUGUCCUCCCACCGUCCCUUAAACUACUAUUUGAGGGUCCAUUAUACUUUAUUCC